CGGAGAAGGGUGAUAGGGAGGAACCUCAUUAUGGCCAAGUUCUAUGAAAUGCAUCUCAUGAGGAAUAUCAUGAGGGGAAAUAGCAAAAGGAAAAUGCGUUAUUCCCUGCGGCAAGGGUGCUCCUUGAUGGGCAUAAAAGGAGGCAAAGUUCCCUCUGUGAAUCGUCCUUGCAAUCCAUCAGUACAAUUCUCACGCACUGUACAGCUCUACUUUCAGUCUCAUUCUGUCAACGAGAAACACUUACAAUCAUACCAAUUGGUCUCGAACAAUGCCUUCCAACAAGUGUUCAGUUGCUGCUUCCUUCCCUUACCCUGA